AGUGUUCUGUUGAUUCGCAGGUGCACAUUGAUGAGGGUUUCAAUUGCAUGGAAAGUGUUGAGACGCGUUAAUGGGUGCAGGUUGUUUUCUGAUUCCGCGAAAAUGUCAAGUGUCAAGUUUUUGUCUCAAAAUGAGGCUAUCGAAGUGGACGAAGAGUUGUUCUCUACGUAUGGUUUCAGUGUGGAUCAGUUGAUGGAGCUUGCAGGUCUAAGUUGUGCCACAGCUAUUGCAGAAGCGUAUCCUGAUGCAGAGAACUUCCUCAUUUGCGCUGGUCCUGGAAACAACGGAGGCGACGGUUUAGUUGCUGCUCGUCAUUUGGCGUUAUUCGGCAGAAAAUCCUCGAUUUAUUACCCGAAGCAACCCAACACCGCCUUGUUCCAACGCCUGCGAACCCAGUGUGAAAAGAUGGAUCUUCGCUUUCUGGACAACUGUCCGCAACCCGCGGAAAUCGACGACAAGUACGACGUGGUUGUUGACGCCCUCUUUGGGUUCUCAUUCAAACCCCCGGUUCGGGAGACAUUCCUCCCGAUCAUGAAUGCCUUGAAGGGCCUGAAAAAGGCGAGGAUCGCGGCAAUUGAUAUCCCGUCUGGUUGGGACGUGGAAAACGGGGAUCAGUCUGGCGAAGGCAUUGAUCCUGAUUGCUUGGUGUCGUUAACCGCGCCGAAAAUGUGUGCCAAAUUUUUCAAAGGGAGGUUUCACUUCUUGGGAGGGCGAUUUGUUCCUCCGGCGUUGGAGCUCAAGUAUGGGCUGAGUUUGCCGGCGUAUCCGAAAUUUGAUUGUGUCAUGAAGUUAGUGUGAGAUUUAUGUUCGGUUCGAGUGGUGCCGCGUUUUAGUGUGACAUCAUAUGUGAAAAGUGCUUCUGCGUGUUCCCCGUGAAUGUGCAAUCCACCCCCAAAGCCUUCAAUCUGCCUAAAUCACUACCAAAUAUAAUAAGAAAUAAGUCAAGUCAUCAAUUCGUGUGAAGUUGAGAUGAAAUUCUUUUAAUUGCAGUAAUCAUCGUAAAUCCGAAGUGUCUUGUAAACUUCAGAGAUUUAGAACACAAGCUUGGUUAGUUUUGGAUAAUUUUGCGCUUUCUCCCAUCUCAUUUACUUGCAGAGCCAAAUUCUUAGCCCAGUUUUGCUGUGUAAAGGUCACCGGGAGGCAGUUUUCUCUUCCUUCAUGAUUCCCGAAGCAUAGUUUGAUUAGCUCUCAACAAAUUUGCUUAAUUCGUAGUAAUAUUUUUGCUUAUUAAUGCCGCUAAAAUGUGUCAUUACGAUGAAAAUUGCAUUCCUCUUGAAAAAUUUCGAUAUCCGAUGUACCCACGAAACCUUCAUCUGCUUCUUUAAAUGGUACUCAUGGAAUCCGUUUGAAUUGGGAUAUUAUUUGUGUUUUGAUCUAUAUUAAAUCGCAAGUAUUCCGAAAUUCUUAGCAGAAGUCAAGCUCAGCAACCGAGAUUUGUUCAUACAGUAUUCUAAUGAUUUUUUGGCUUCACACUGCCUCUUUUUUUUUGUAGAGACAGAGGUUUUUUUUCGAUUCGUGUUUGAAAUUUCAGCACGAACAGGUCGAACUCCUGCAUAAUCUACGGUGUCAAUUUAAUGAACACUUAAUUUUAUUAAACCAAUGCAAAAGUGAGAAGAACUCAUAUUUCCAUCAAAAUCUUUCUUCGGACGAAAGAGAGAGUUCGAGCAUCACUUGAAUUUAUGAUUAAAUUUCCCAAGAGGAAAACUCCAAGGAUUUGAAGCUACGAAUUAAUAAAGGAUAUGAAGGUUUUGUGAUACAGUACUGUACUCAAAUGCGUGCGGAUACUUUUUUGCGUCUUGUACUUCGGUAAAUGUGAUAUUGGGGAAAGAUUUUUCCUGAUUCUCUUCAGCACUUCGGUGCGAAUCUUUCGGAGCCCUGGUUAUGUGAUGAAUAGUUGAGUGAUGUUACUUGCAAAUUUCAAAGUUGAAAAAAUGGCUCGAGUUGAAAAUUGGUAGAGGACAAUAAGCGGUGGUCAGGGGUUCUAUUGCUUUUAUGGCAGAUGAAACGUGCAAAAUUAUUGGUGGCGUUGGGUUGAUUCGCGACGCGAAGCGACGCAGAAGAGCCGACAUGUACGCGGUACUUGCUUUUGGACUCCUUUUGCAAUUCAGUGGACUGUUUUGGCUCGUCAACUCGUACUACUCUUAUUCAGAAGUGGAAGAUGGUGAUCCAAGCCUGGGCAUUCCAGCUUAUCGUUGGCUCUUUGCUGUCAUCAUGCCGGUGAUGUUGAGUUCCUAUGGCUACUACAAACGCAGCUUGAAUUUCACCGGAGCAUUCACUGCAUUAUUCGUUGGAUUUUUCAUCGGUCUGAGCAGUUUUUGUUUUUCCGCAAGCCUUAUUGCAUUUUUUAUCACGUCUUCGAGGGUGACCAAGUAUGGCGCAAAAAUUAAGCGAGGGAUCGAGGGAGAUUUCAAGGAAGGAGGCCAGAGAAACUGGUGCCAAGUGGUAAGCAAUGGCGCCAUGGCAGCGGAACUCGCCAUCUUGUACCUGAUCGACGUGGGCGUCGGGGAAAGACCGGUUGACUUCAUAGAAGAUUACAGGCCGUCUUACAUGGGCAUGGCCAUUCUAGGCGCCGUUGCGUGCGUCAACGGCGACACAUGGGCCUCGGAACUCGGCACGAUCGUGUCAACGACGUCGUGUCGCCUCGUCACCACUGGCCGCAUGGUGCCCCGUGGUACCAACGGUGGCGUGACUCUUGGCGGCCUCGUGUUCUCCCUGCUAGGCGGCCUUGUCGUCGGCUUUGCCUACUAUGUCGCCCUUAUCACGUGUCUGUCGCCGCGAGUUCUCGCCGCCUCUCCGCGUCAAUGGCCCAUUGUGCUCGUCGGCGGUCUUGGCGGCCUCACGGGCUCGCUCAUUGACUCGUUAUUGGGCGCUACUUUGCAGUUUUCGGGUGUGGACGAAACUAGUGGGAAGAUCGUGGAGAAGCCCGGUGAGAAGGUCAAGAGGAUCAGUGGGAUCCCUUUGCUGGACAACUGUUCUGUGAACCUCGUGUCGAGUGUCGUGAAUGCCUUUCUGGUGGCUGAGAUUUGCAAGUACGGCUGGUCCUGAAUGACGGGAAGAGAGCAGCACAAUAUUUCGUUUUUUAAUUAUUCGAAAGCUUUUUUUUUAAAUCUCUGAAUUGGUGUCGGCCGUGUUGAAUGCAUUUGUUUGCGAGCUUCGAGAGUGUAGAAUUUUUACUGACCCCAAAAAACUUCUGAACCAAUUUUGAAGGCUUUUUCUACCGUAGUUACUGAGGAAACAGUGCGAAUCGCCAAUUUCAAGUUGCUCUUUCUUAUUUAAAACUGAACUGUCUCGAACGGAUGUCAGGGUUGUUGAAGAAUUUCAGAAACUUAUCAUCUUGCGCUGUUGUCGGUCGUGUUGAAGGUACUUCGUUUGUGAAAAAAAAUCUUCGAGACGAUCGUUUCAGGAAUGAAUUUUCGUCAAAUAUCUCAAGAGCUUCGGGAAAAGAUUUCUACUGUAUUUAUCGGGAGAAACGACAGGACUCGCUAAAAAUAUGAAUUAUCGUUUUGUGCUGUGGAAAUAUCGUAAACUAACUUCAUUUACCUUUGAAAGUCUGCGAAGCUUUGGAAGUCGUCUUCCUCUCAAGAAUUUUUUACGAUUAUCUCCGGGGACAGAAAUGGCGACAUGGUCGAAGUUUAAGUUCCGGGGUUGGCCGAAAUUUUACACGGGCUGUUCUUGUUUCGUAGACUAAAUUGCUGUACUUGGAUAUCGGAAGAAGUUAAGAUCUUAAUCCGAAAAAUGUAGUCAACUUGAUAGAAUAGGCAGGAACUUCAAUGCAAACGAACAUUUCAUUUUAUAUCACGGCUAGCGUCGCAAUUUUGGUAAAAUAUUUUAAGACAUUGAAUUCGAACAAAAAAUGGCAUUCUAAGCAUGAUGCAUUCCUCGCACUGAAGAAGAAACGGGGGACAUUCUGCAAUGCAUUUAAAAAAAUCUUUCAAUACUGUAUAAUUUUUCUGUGUAAGCCAAUUUUUUUUAAACUUCAGUUGCACUUUUUUCAUUGUGAUCAUUCAUCAGAAAUUGUAAAUCGAAUCACGAUUCGUUCGCCGGGAAUAUUCAAAUUUAUCGCGAAGUGCUUGAACCAGAAGACGUGUGGUGGAUUUAUUUUUACGCAUUCAGCUAUUUUCAGUGUCGGGUGGUUUUGAUGCAAUGUCGAUGCACCGUGAUUCGUGUUCGACGUCAGUUCCGCCGACAUUCGAUGGAUUAUAUUUCGGCGAAAGAAGGCGCAGAAAUCAGUGAUGAUCAAGUGUU